ACAGGUAUGCCUUGAUAUCCUUCGAGGAUAAGUCACACUAGACGACUGUGUAAAUGUAUUUUUUGUGUCCGCCUUCCUUUUGUUCUCAUCAGAUUAAAUGCAUUUCCGUCGAUCCGUGUCAAGGACGGAACUUCUUUUGAGGAGCACAUGCAAAACCCAUUGAUAUGAACACUUCAGGUCCUACGCCCGCCGUAUCCGGCAGAGAAAUACAUAUUUAAGAUAAGUGCACCCUUUCGCUCCUUAUCUCCUGGCCAGCAUGAUGCUUGCGUUCGUUUUAACUGCUUCUCUUGCUUUAAUAGCUAGCGUGUCAGGAUCUGUUGUCCCUAGAAACAACAGAUCUAGCAGCUCUCGAGUGCUCAUUCUUGGUGGGGGCAUUGCAGGUGUUAUCGCUGCUCGAACUUUGCACGAAAAUGGCAUCGACAAUUUCUUAAUCAUUGAAGCUCGCGAUGAGCUUGGCGGGCGAAUGAAGAGCCAUACUUUUGCAGGCUACACGAUCGAACUUGGUGCCAACUGGAUUCAAGGGACGCAAACGGGAACAGGUCCGGCUAACCCGAUUUUCGAACUGGCCCUGAAGCACAACGUUACGACUGAGUCCAACAAUUUCGUUGGAAGUUUAACGACUUUUGAUGUUACCGGAGAAGUGGAUUAUCUGGACGUAUUUAACGAUUCUGUUGAUGCCUAUACCGCUUUGACUGUGACUGCAGGUGCGCGUGUCAAUGGAUCACUGGUGGAUUUGACUUCAAAAACCGGUUAUGCACUGAAUGGAGCCAGGCCACGAGACGCGCAUGAGAUGGCUUCAGAGUACUACCAGUUUGAUUGGGAAUAUGCUCAGAAACCUGAUCAGACCUCGUGGAUUGCUUCGUCUUGGGCGAAUAAUUUCACCUAUAAUGUGGACCAAGGCGGAUUUUCUGAGGACGAUUUUUUCGCUAUAGAUCAACGAGGGUUCAAGGCCCUGAUCCAACUGGAGGCUCAAGAAUUCCUGAAGUCCGAACAAGUUUUACUGAGUUCGACAGUGAAGACGAUUUCGUACUCCGGGGGCGGAGUCCAGGUAACGAUGACAGGCGGCGAAACAAUUGAAGGAGAUUAUGCGCUUUGCACGUUCAGCCUUGGGGUAUUGCAGGACGACGAUGUGACAUUCAAGCCUUCCCUUCCGGCCUACAAAAUGGAAGCAAUCCAGAGUAUGACAAUGGCCACAUACACAAAGAUAUUCUUGAAGUUUCCCGAAAAGUUCUGGUUUGAUACGGAGUUCGCGUUGUACGCCGACCCAACGCGCGGCACCUACCCUGUCUGGCAAUCGUUGGACCAUCCAGACUUCUUCCCAGGGUCCGGGCUGAUCUUCGCCACUGUAACAGGCGAUUGGUCCUUGAGAAUAGAGGCAUUGUCAGAUGAUCAGGUACAGGGUGAAGUGCUGGAAGUCCUCCAGAAGAUGUACCCAAACAUUACCAUACCAGAACCGACCGACUUUCUCUUUCCGCGCUGGAAUUCUGAUCCUCUUUACCGAGGAUCCUACUCUAAUUGGCCCCCAUCAUUCUUCAGUCAACAUCACGACAACCUCCGGUCAAAUGUUGACCGGUUAUAUUUUGCAGGCGAAGCAACGAGCCAGAAAUAUUUUGGCUUUCUGCAUGGUGCGUACUUUGAAGGGUUGAUUGUAGCAACGAUCAUGGCGGAAUGUAUCAAGAGUGACGGAUGUGUGGCAUUGCAACAUGUAGAGGAAGUGAGGAACGCAUUUCCAUACGAAAUAUGACGUCCAGCUGAGCGAGCCUAUCGUAUGUUGACUGUCGAGGCAUUGUGAAGGAUAAUCGAGAUACUUAAGGUCAGGUUGGUGAUGUAUCGUGAAUGGUUGUUAAGAAUCGGAGAAUCGAGGACUACAUCUACCGCCGAAAAUUCAGCUGCAUCGGACAGGCCAUGUUGUCUAUCUUCCAAUUUCUUGUCACUAUCGUCUGUAGGUGCCACUCACUGAAGUGGUCUGGACCCGCUACCAUUGCUGUCUAAAAAGUAACACGCGACUAAUAGUCUGGCGUCCAGCACUUCGGAUGGUGAGCCUCUCGGAUUCAUGAGGGGGCACUAUGUGGCACCUCGGUCCCAUAGUGGGUCCC